AUGUUUUCUAGGAAAAUCAAUGAAGACAUCCUCAAACAUGAGGGUCUAGAUCGCGCGCGGGGAGAGCUCGGGGAGGAGUCGGGCCCAGCCCCCCCACAUCGGAUGUCGUGGUGGUGGAAUUACGUCGACUCCGCACACGAGAAAGGGCCGCGCCCCCUCGUCGACGUCUCCUCCCCGUUUAACGCCCUCGACGAAACCCAUCAGACGCGGCGUUUUGGGACUCAAAAACUCGCCUUUGGGCACAUCUCCCUGAACGAGUUCGUCGGGACCUACGAGGAGGUACCCUACACGGAGUCCCACCACACGAGUGAGAUCGUCCGGCUUUGGAUUAUCGGGCUGAACGUCUGGCAUGUAAACCUUUUCUACGCGAAGGCCCAGAACAGCUUCGCGCCGACCGGGCACCCUCGUACGCGGUUUGCCUGGGCGAUUGUCCUUAUUAUGGGAAUCAUUCGCGUGAACCUGGCGGGGCUAAUAGGGGCAGGUGGGUACUUCUACACCUAUGAGUACCUUUACACCCAUGGCCCCUGGCCUUUUCGCAUCGCCGACCCGUCCCCGAACGCGUGGAAGCUGGCGUGGCGAGAGGGCCAGGAGUGCUACCUCGCGCGCGCAGCCGCGAGUGUGUGGCCGGCCCUGGCCUACGCGUUUUACAUGGGACGAUGGAAAAAGUCGCUUUUUUGGUUUACAAUGACGGGGACAAUAGGGAUGUACUACGAGUACUCACGGCGGAAUGUCGCCUCGGGGACGCGGCUGUUUUAUAGCUAUUUGGCCGAUAAGGAGCUCCAGCGGCAGGCCGCGUGGGGGUCCCUCGCGCCCGACCUCCAACACCGCGUGGAUCCUGAUACGAAUCGAAACAACAGCGCUGCGCAGUUUCGAUACCUUCGCAUUACCUCCGGCCACCUGCAGAACACGAUCUGGGAGAACGCCACCCAUGAGAACCUCCCAUUAUGGAGAAGCGGCAAGAAAUACCCGAACCCGUACUUUAACUGGCAAAAAGCCCCACAAAAUUUUCUAGCGAAGCCGUUUAAGGUGAAAAAUGACUUGUGGGAGCUGCCCGAUGUGUUGAGCGCUAAGAUGCGUAGUGGGGCUCAGGAUUGA